GUGUUGAACUUUGUUUUCUUGAUGUUAAUUCUCUUUUUCCAUGUUCCAGUCAGUGUUAACUGGUGAGUCUCUUCCAGUAACAAAAGGCCCCGGUGACAUUAUUUACUCGGGUUCUACAUGCAAACAAGGAGAGAUUGAAGCUGUCGUGAUCGCCACCGGUGUUCAUACGUUCUUUGGAAAAGCUGUUCACCUUGUUGAUUCUACAAAUCAACAGGGACAUUUUCAAAAGGUGUUGACUGCCAUUGGUAAUUUCUGUAUAUGUUCCAUUGCGGUCGGAAUGAUAACUGAAAUCAUCGUCAUGUACCCAAUUCAACACCGUGAAUAUCGUCCCGGAAUCGACAAUUUGCUGGUACUACUCAUUGGAGGAAUUCCUAUUGCCAUGCCCCACAGUUCUGUCUGUUACAAUGGCAAUCGGGUCUCAUCGUGUUCUCAACCCAUGAUGCCCAAGCACUUAAUGCUGUUUUAUAGGCAGCAGGAAUUGAUAUUCCAAGCUUUACUGAGUUCCCAACCUGGAAGUAGCAACCACUGCCAAAGAAGACAUUUAGGAAAUUUUCUUGCUUGUAUCCAUAGUCACCAUAGAGUGCUUCGAGAUGAUGACCAAGAUGGAGAUGAGCAGAUGGAUGAUGCUCACGAUGAUGGUGAUGGAGAUGAGCCUGAGGGAGCAACUCAUGUAGACCUGAAACCUCUUGAUGCUACUAAGACUUACAUGAUUGAUGAUCAUCAAGUGAUUCAACACCAGCUCGAUGGAUUUUCUUUCCUUUCCUCAUCACCGUCUUAG